GCGGUGGGGCGAGCGAGGGCGGGGAGGGGAGGCUUGGCGUCCAGCCGCUUGAUGGCCGGGCAGGAUUAAGUUUCAUGGUAGCCUGCGUGUGUUUAUCCUGCAGCGCUUCUCUCAGGGCCGUUACUUCAGAGAAAGCGGGGGGCGAGGGGGGGCGCAUCAAGAAGGUCUCGCCCCUCAGCCAAGAAAUACGCGCUAUUUCCUUGAACGCCCGUCCCCCCCCCACCCCUAGAAAACAAACAAACAAACAAAGCUGAAUUUAGGGGGAGGGGGUCAUCCCUGGAGAAGCCGGCCCAAGCGGGAAGACCUCGUGUCAACAGCCACUUGGUGGAGUGGAAAUUAAGCAAGUAAAACCAUGUUGGAAACAAUAGAUACUCACCGAGCCCUCCAGGCAGUGGAGCGUCUGCAGGCGAAGUUACGAGAACGAGGUGAUACAGCAAAUGAAGAGAAACUGAGUUUACUAAAAUCAGUGCUGCAAAGUCCUUUGUUCAAUCAGAUCCUAAACCUUCAGGCUUCACUUCCACAGUCGAGAGAUCAGGUAACUGUUGCACCUCCUUUGUCCGGUGAGCUCAUGCAACUUCCCCAUCAUGGUAUGAUCACGAGUUCUUCACUCCAUAAUGAAUCCUAUCUGUUGGCUCAGCAGAAUGGCAACCUGUCUGGUAGUCUGGGAGCAGCUGCACGAUCCAUCACCCCUCAGAUUAAUGGGAAGUGCUCCACUGAUGAAUUUGAAUUACUGAUCAGAAAUAUGGCACAAGGUCGUCUUGUUGAAACUAUAGAGCUUGUAAAACCUCUGAGUGGUGGCCUUGGCUUUAGUGUAGUUGGCUUGAAGAGUGAAUACAGAGGUGAACUGGGCAUAUUUGUGCAGGAGAUUCAAGAGGGAAGUGUGGCACACAGAGAUGGAAGACUGCAGGAAGCAGAUCAAAUUCUUGCUAUAAACAGACAAGCCCUCGAUCAGACAAUUACGCAUCAACAGGCUAUCGGCAUCCUCCAGAAAGCAAAAGAUAGUGUCCAGCUGGUUGUGGCUAGGGGCUCUUUGCCUCAGCUCAUCAGUCCUGUAGUUUCUCGGUCUCCGUCAGCUGCUAGUACAAUCUCAGCCCAUUCCAAUCCGGUUCACUGGCAGCAUGUGGAGACUAUUGAGUUGGUGAAUGAUGGAUCAGGUCUGGGCUUUGGGAUAGUGGGUGGAAAGUCAACUGGUGUAAUAGUUAAAACCAUCCUUCCAGGAGGAAUAGCUGAUCAGCAUGGUAGGCUGUGCAGUGGAGACCACAUCUUGAAAAUCGGUGAUACUGACCUGGCUGGCAUGAGCAGUGAGCAGGUGGCACAGGUUCUCAGGCAGUGCGGAAACAGAGUGAAGUUGGUUAUAGCCAGAGGCCCAGUAGAGGAGCCCACACCACCAGCAGUUCCUCCAGGCACCCCAGUACAACAUUUUUUGACAGAUAACCAGAGAGAGGAAGAAGCACAGGUUGAAAAUUAUGUGGAAGGAAACACGUUUGAUGUGGAGCUUACCAAAAACAUCCAAGGAUUAGGAAUAACUAUUGCUGGCUACAUUGGAGACAAAACCUCAGAGCCUUCUGGUAUUUUUGUAAAGAGUAUCACAAAAGGCAGUGCAGUUGAACAUGAUGGUAGAAUCCAUGUUGGAGAUCAAAUUAUAGCAGUGGAUGGAACAAAUCUUCAGGGUUUUACCAACCAGCAGGCAGUGGAAGUUCUGCGGCACACGGGCCAAACAGUCUGUCUCAGAUUGAUCAGAAGAGGCCUUAAGCAGGAAAAUCACAUCCGACCCCAUGAAGAUUUCAGUGGUGCUGUUGAAAAGGAUGUAAUUUUCCAAACUAUGGAUAUUGGCACAAGCACAGAAAGCUGUGAAAGAGAGCAGGGAUCUCCAUUACUGUCAUGCAGCACCAAUGUGGCUCACAUUGGAGAAGACAUUCGUCCACAACAAUCAGAUUUUCAGCUAACUUCCUUAGAAGAAGAAAUGACAUUGCAGAACAAAUGGCAGAUGAUUGUGGGGACAGCUUAUGAGGUUGUGGUAGCACAUGUGAGCAAGUUUAGUGAAAGCAGCGGACUGGGGAUAAGCUUGGAAGCUACAGUGGGGCAUCAUUUUAUCCGAUCUGUUUUGCCAGAAGGGCCAGUUGGACGAUGUGGCAAGCUAUUCAGUGGAGAUGAAUUACUGGAAGUAAAUGGAAUAUCUUUGCUUGGAGAAAAUCACAAGGAUGUAGUAAACAUUUUAAAGGAGCUCCCCAUCAAGGUAACAAUGGUGUGUUGCCGUACAGCAGCUCCACCGGUUAGUCAGUCUGUAACUGAUGAAUGCCAGAUGACAGAACAGUCUCAUGUAGAUCUUGGUGGACUCCUUGGCUCUUCAGAGACAGAUAAUGCCGACUUUGAAAUGGCUAAUGUGGGCCAGAAUACAGAUGAGGUACAAGGAUCUCCUUUGGCAAUGUGGGAAACAGAAAUUCAGGAAAUUGAGCUAGAGAAAGGAAGCAUGGGACUUGGCUUUAGCAUAUUAGAUUACCAGGACCCGGUGGACCCUGUGAAUACAGUUAUUGUGAUCCGCUCUCUAGUUCCUGGAGGAGUUGCUGAACAAGAUGGCAGGCUUCUCCCAGGAGACAGACUCAUGUUUGUUAAUGACAUCAACUUGGAAAAUGGUAGCCUGGAGGAAGCUGUGCAAGCAUUGAAAGGAGCACCAAUGGGAUCCGUUAGAAUAGGAGUCGCUAAGCCGUUGCCUCUUUCACCAGAAGAGGGCUAUGUUUCUGCUAAGGAAGAUUCCUUUUUCUACACUGCCCAGUCCUUUGAGGAGGAAGGGCAAGCUGAUUCAGCCCUCUUCCACGCUGAGCUGGCUCUGGUGGACUCAAGCGAGGCAGAUCUAGCGGAGGAAUCCACCUUUGAAUCGCAGUAUUCCCCGGACAAUGAUGGUACCUUCCAGUCUUCAGUUUCAGCUCUGCAUGGCAGCUCCUGUGCCGAUGAUCUGAACUAUAAUCUUUCAUUACCUUCUUCAACUCCCAAGAGUGUUGGCAAAGAAACUUCAAAUGCCUCAGUCAGUUACCGAUUAUCUGAUCAAAACGUCUACAACAUGGAUAUAAUGCAGAGAAGCAGAGAGAGCAAGUCCUCUGCAGAUGUGUGUGUGGAACAAUCUUCUGGUGGUUCCACAAGAAAAGAUUCAACUACACAUUCUCCGAAGAAACAAGCAGAACAUGAAAACACAAGCAUUUGGAGAGAGUCUCAGCUAACAGCUGAAAUCUUACACAGUGCAACCUUAACUUCCAGAAUGCCAUCUGAUUCUACUGGAAAAGAUCAAGUAUUCUUGAUGGAAAAUAAUAGCCUAACACAUGCUGGGAGGUGUUCUACAAUUCUAACUACAAACAAAAACAAGUUUGAGAAGACUAUUACUAUUGCAAAAGGCAAUUCAAGUUUAGGCAUGACUGUAAGUUCCAAUAAAGAUGGCUCAGGAAUGAUAGUCCGCAGCAUUAUCCAUGGUGGUUCCAUAAGUCGUGAUGGACGAAUUGGUGUAGGCGAUUGUAUACUGUCUAUAAAUGAGGAACCUACCACUAAUUUAACCAAUGCACAGGCGCGAGCCAUGCUCAGGAGACACUCUCUCAUUGGACCAGAUAUAAAAUCUUCUCCAACACCUGCUGAUGAUCAGGCCCCCUUUUAUGUCAUUACCUAUGUGCCAGCAGAGCAAUUAGAAGAGUACCAGACCAGUUUAGGCCAGCAGCCAUCAGGAACAAUGCAACUGGAUGUUUUUCCUUCCCUUGCUGUCAGAGAAAUCCCAGAAUUACCAGAACGUGAAGAAGGGGAAGGAGAAGAGAGUGAACUUCAAAAUGCAGGCUAUAGUAACUGGAACCAACCAAGACGGGUUGAGCUCUGGAGAGAACCUAGCAAGUCCCUUGGAAUCAGCAUUGUUGGUGGACGGGGAAUGGGAAGCCGCCUGAGCAGUGGUGAAGUCAUGAGAGGAAUCUUUAUCAAGCAUAUUCUUGAAGACAGCCCUGCUGGCAAAAAUGGAACCUUAAAAACAGGAGAUAGAAUUGUGGAGAAAACUUUGUUUGAGGUUCAAAAGACGCUCAGGAACAUGACAUGUGAUACAAGGACCAUAGGAGGAGGCAGUCAAAAUCAGGUGGAGGUGGACGGAAUUAACCUGAGAGAUGCGAGCCACGAACAAGCUGUGGAAGCCAUACGGAGAGCAGGCAACCCAGUAGUCUUUAUGGUUCAAAGCAUUGUAAACAGACCAAGGCCAGAAUCUCUCUAUAGCUCUUUAUCGUCCUCUGCUCCCAGUGGGCAGAAACCUAAUAAUCCAUUUUACCAUCAGUCAUCACAGAACCUCCCUAUGCCUUACCUGCAGUACAACCCUUUCAGUAAGCCUCCUGCCUUCAGCAGCACUAACCCUUUUGUUGAUCUACAGUUCAACACUAACAAGGAUAUGCAGAAUCCAAUUAGAUAUACUUCCAGUUGCUCCCCAUGUAACCCCUUUGCUCCUACACCAUUUAAGACAUCCAGUCAGUCCGAUUCAGAGCCAGAAAAGACUUCAUCUUGUAACUUGUCUCUGCCUCCAUUAUCGUCUCCAGAAAUGAGCAGUGAAGCUGUGCAGCAAUCCUGUAGCAAAACCUUGGAAGAUUUAGAUAAGGAAGAUGAGUUUGGAUACAGUUGGAAAAAGAUCAGCCAACGUUAUGGGAGUCUGUCAGGAGAUCUGCACAUGAUCGAGUUGGAGAAAGGAAAGACUGGUUUAGGACUCAGCCUAGCUGGGAAUAAAGACCGAUCCAAGAUGAGCGUUUUUGUAGUGGGAAUUGAUCCAAAUGGAGCAGCUGGAAAAGAUGGCGGGUUGCAGAUUGCAGAUGAGUUACUGGAAAUAAAUGGACAAGUUCUAUAUGGAAGAACUCACCAGAAUGCAUCUUCAAUAAUCAAGUGUGCAUCUUCUAAAGUAAAAAUCAUAUUUGUCAGAAACAAAGAUGCUGUCAAUCAGAUGGCAGUUUGUCCUGGAAAAUCAGUAGAAUCAUCACUUUCUGGGUCACUUCAACAUGAAGAGGGUGAAGUAAAUGUUCCAAGUUCCAGUUUACAAAUAGAUUUUAGCUUAUAUAAGAAUAUUCAAAAUGUGGAACUACCUAAGGACCAAGGUGGCAUAGGUAUUGCCAUUGGUGAAGAAGACACACUUAAUGGUGUGGUUAUCCAGAGCUUAACAGAUCAUGGUGCAGCAGGAAAGGAUGGUCGAAUUAAGGUUGGAGAUCAAAUUCUUGCAGUUGAUGAUGAAAUUGUUGUGGGAUACCCUAUAGAAAAGUUUAUCAGUUUGCUGAAGACAUCAAAGCCCACUGUGAAACUCACAAUCAAUUCAGGUGAACAGGAGAAUCAGACAGCUACUCAGCUACAAACACCAAUCUAUUGCUCUACUUCGGGUGAGAAAGCCAAUAUCCAACAAUCAACGACUGUUUCACCUUCUGCAUCACCAGAACCAGAAUCUGUUAAAAACACAAGCAGAUCCUCAACUCCAGCCACCUUGGUGUCUGAUCCAACUACAUGCCCAAUUAUCCCAGGCUGUGAAACCAUAAUAGAUAUUUCCAAGGGACGUACCGGUCUUGGCUUAAGCAUCGUGGGAGGAGCUGACACUUUGCUGGGAGCUAUUAUUAUUCAUGAAGUGUAUGAAGAAGGAGCAGCAUCCAAAGAUGGAAGACUCUGGGCUGGUGAUCAGAUCUUGGAGGUAAAUGGAAUUGAUCUACGGAAUGCAACACACGAUGAAGCCAUAAAUGUUCUCAGACAGACACCUCAAAAAGUCCGCCUCACAGUUUAUAGGGACGAAGCCCAAUAUAAGGAGGAAGACAUGUAUGAUGUGCUCAGCAUAGAGCUACAAAAGAAGCCAGGCAAAGGUCUUGGAUUAAGCAUUGUAGGGAAAAGAAAUGACACAGGAGUGUUUGUAUCAGACAUUGUCAAAGGAGGAAUUGCAGAUCUGGAUGGGAGAUUGAUGCAAGGAGACCAGAUAUUAAUGGUGAACGGAGAAGAUGUUCGAAAUGCCAACCAGGAGGCAGUGGCUGCUUUGUUAAAAUGUUCAUUAGGUACAGUCAGACUAGAAGUUGGAAGAAUAAAGGCAGGCCCAUUCCAUUCAGAAAGGAGAACGUCUCAGAGCAGCCAGGUCAGUGAGGGAAGUGGCAGCCUGUCAUCCUUCAGUUUCCCAGGCUCUGGAUCCAACCCACCUGAAAGUUUUGAAAGCUCCCUGAAGAAGAAUUCCUUAGCGUCUGAAAUACAGGGUUUAAGAACAGUUGAAAUAAAUAAGGGCCCAUCGGAUUCCUUGGGAGUUAGCAUUGCUGGAGGAGUAGGAAGUCCUCUUGGAGAUGUUCCUAUCUUUAUAGCCAUGAUGCAUCCAAAUGGAGUCGCAGCUCAAACUCAGAAAUUAAGAGUUGGUGAUAGGAUUGUUAGCAUUUGCGGAACAUCCACUGAAGGCAUGACUCAUUCCCAAGCUGUCAGUUUGCUAAAAAACGCUUCAGGCACUAUUGAAAUACAGGUGGUAGCUGGCGGAGAUGUCAGUGUCAUAACUAGCCAGCAGCAGGAUCCACCAACUUCUAGUCUUUCAUUUGCAGGAUUGACAUCAAGCAGCAUAUUUCAGGAUGAUUUGGGGCCUCCUCAGUACAAAACCAUCACUUUGGAUCGAGGACCUGAUGGCUUGGGCUUUAGUAUUGUAGGAGGGUAUGGAAGUCCCCAUGGAGAUCUACCCAUUUAUGUUAAGACAGUAUUUGCAAAGGGUGCAGCAUCAGAAGAUGGACGCCUGAAGAGAGGGGAUCAGAUCAUUGCUGUCAAUGGACAAAGCUUGGAAGGGGUCACCCAUGAAGAAGCUGUGGCUAUUCUAAAAAGGACAAAAGGAACUGUCACACUGACUGUUCUCUCUUGAAAUAUCUACCCAAGGAUUGGGGUCAGCAUGAUUACUCUGUUCACAUUCCGUGUAGCAAAGAUAAUGGAAAUGUGUAUAUAGCUAUGCUGUUAUUGCAGCUGCCAGGUUGUUUUACACCAUGGGUGGAAAAUAACAAAUAAUCUUAUUUGUAUACACAGUAGAAAUAAUGUCUUACCAUCAAUUUACAAACACUGGUUUCUUUAGUGUAGGUGAACUUGAACUGAACACUAGGUAUAGGAGAACUUGAUAAAAUCACAACAGAAAGAAGUUUUGGUUGUUUAGAGGCACAUGAUGUGUGAUUGUUGAGGGAUUCCUGUUCCAAAAUUCUGAAAAGGUCUAAUCUUUAGUUUGAAAAUUUAACUUUCAAAACAUCAGUGAGCCAAUGUUGAUGUCCAGCAACUGAGAAAGUUCUCAAAGCAUACAUUAAUAAGUCCAACUAAAUUUGAGAACUGUUGUGAAUAUGCAUAUGCUCAUCACUGAAGAGCCACUACUUUCUAUGAUCAUUAUUGUUUGGGAGAAGUUUAAUGAGCUGGAAAAAGACCAUUGAAGCCAUUUUUGCAGGAAGAGCAUCAGCAAGCAAGCAAGAGGCCACUAGAUUCUUCAUGUAGAUGCCUCAUUGUUAUCCUCUGUUGUGAUUAGCUGUACAUUUUUGAGGAGCAUAGGACUUGACUGGACUUCCUGGUUCUAAUCGAUGUUAACUAAUAGCAAAAUGUCCAUGGUUAAGGUGAUGAGGUAUAUGUGCCAGGAGUGCCUGCCAAUUGCAAGCGCUUCUGGGAAACCCAGCACUUUCUCUUUUCCCUCACCGUGGAAUCCCUGGCAGUAGUAGCAAAACUAUACAGCAUCAAGGGUACAGAGUAGCUUUUUCCUCAUCACAGCAAUAUAUCUUUUUGUGUAUUGGAAUGAGAGACAUCUGUUUACUUAUAUGGAAUAAAGUAAAGGGAUUAUUCUAAAAUAAAUUUAAGGGCAAAGAUAACUAAUUUAAAGCACCUUACCCCAUAAAUUUUUUAAUUGGCUUACAGUAUUUGGCAUUUCUGAAUUUCUGUAAAGAAGUAUGUAGUCGCUUUCCCCCCAGAAGCCAACAGCAUAUCAAAUAGAAGUUUGAGACACCCACAAUAAAUCUGAAGCUAACCAGAGUUCUAGAACUCCAUGCAGAGUCAAGGAACAGUGGAUGUUAUCCAGACGAAUGAAGCACCAAUGAAGCUCUGGUGCUGUAUUCUGGAUUAAUGCAGCCUGUGUAUCUGUGAGAGGUGAGAUUAUUGCCAAUGUCCUCUGCUCCAAGAGGCAGACUCAGAUGUAGGUCCUUGAAGAUCGUCCAGCCCUCGAGCACCUACUGGGAGUUGGGUAGAAAUCUCCCCCCAAACACACAAUGGAACUGCAUUAGUCUACAAUGCAGCAGCACCACACCAUAAAAAGCACUGGUGUUUCCUUAUUCUGGAUAUCAGCCAGAGACUUGUCUAUUGUAUGGAAGUCUCAAGAACUGGCUGUUUUACCAGAACAGUUAGCUACCCAUUAAUCAGAGUGGCUCUACACAUCUCUAUGCUUUAGAUCAAAUAAAUGAUGCCCUUAUCCAUGUGCUUGAGAGCCCAAAAGACCACAGGAAACACCAAUGUUGCAGAAAGAGGAUCAGCUCUCAUUAUCUUGCUGCAGUUCUCUUGCUCCUGUUUUCUCAAUCAGGACUUGGCAAAUCUCAGGCGCCAGGGAUCCAUAGCACCUAGAAAUUUAACAGGGGCACCUAGACGAGGAUAUUCAGAGUUAGAGUUACUUAACAAAAUCUGUAUUUGUCCAAGGCAGCCUUGUUUCUGUUCUAUGGAUGUUACUUGUAAAGGGCACGAAGAGAAGCCCAUGUACCCUCCCUCUCUGCAAUGUCCAUCACUAAGCCAGGAGCUUGCACAGACCACAGGCUUUACUUCCACUCAAAAAUCAACGCAAAAAGUGGGGUUUUUUUAACCCCAGAUGUAAAUCGGGCUAUACUCUAAAGCACAAUGGAAACCCCGAAUUGUGUGUGAAGCUCACCGAUAGCCUCCGAUAGCUCACCGAUAGCCUCCGGUGUGAAGCCCUCCGAUAGCUCACAGGGACUUUGGGGCAAAUCUGACCAAUACUUGUUUGGCUCCCACAUUUUUGAGCUGGUUCCUAGAUCCAAAGAAAAUUUGUCAAGUCCUGCUCUAGACAGAUGCAAUCUUCUAAGAGAUAUGACAGGCCUGAUGAUAAUUGCUACGUUUAGUGCUAAAGGAUUUCUUCCCCCAGGUGAAAUAAUUUAUUGGUCUUUGGUUUGGUUUCUCUGGCCCCUGAAGCAUGUGGGUUUGGUUCUCCUUCGGUUCCAUGAGACCGAAAAUCUGAAUGAAAUUAGUCCAGCCCAGCCCCAUAGUGUCAAGUUGGAUUAGCAGUGUUCUGUUAGAAGUGUUUCUUACCCAUGCUGUCUAGGAUCCUUUUACCAAGGCCUCAGGUGGAGGUUUUUCUUACCCCUACUGUCUGGGAUCCUUUUAUUGGAAAUGAAUCAGGGGUUUUUUAGGCAUCUAAAAAUAUAAUAAAAAUAAAUAGUAAGGCAUCUGCCCUACUUUUGAGCCUGACGGUUGUUGAACCAUCAUUGAAUCACCAGUUCCAACAUGUCAUCUUGGUUGUCCCUGCUUUAUUUGUCAUCUGAAUAAUGCACUGUCAGGUUAUGAUGGGGUCCUAGGGCAAGGGCUGUAAUAUGCUCCCUCCUCAGGUCCCUCCCAGACCAGUGGUUUGAUGCUUGCUUUCUCAUAGUUUGUGUAAGAGCCUUUGAAUUCUGCAGUGCAAGGAAUGUUUGCAAAAAUGUGGCAGCAGUUACAGAACCUCUGCACAAAUUGCAUGCAAUUGUAGAAUGUCAAAGAGAGAAGAAUUGCUGCUCCAGGCUAGAAGCAGAAAAACCCAGAGGUUUUUAGCUGCUCAUCUAGAGGCUUUAGAUGAGUUAGAGGCUCGUCUAAACUGAGAGAGAGCUAAGGUCUGUCUGUGCCUGCUGUUUUUGUGUGCGUGUAUGAAUUGCCCCUAAAUGUAUUGCAAAUAACUUGUGCACUCUGCUCCUCCUGAGUGGUUUUGAUCACAGCUCCACUUCCAGGUUUACGUGAAAGUUAGCAUAACAUGAAAAAGAGAGAGAUACUAAUCUUCCCACAAUUUCUCUAGACAAACAUCCUGGAAUGUCCCUUAUUCCAUUCCUAAAUUAUUAUUUUAUUGUUCAGUUUUGAAUUCAAUCACAUUUAACACUGCAUAUUCAGUUUAGAUUAAACCAACCCAAAGAGCCCACAAUCCUGGGAAGUGCAUAUGUGAGAAAAGCCAAAGAGUAGUGCUAGAAAACUGAAGGAAAUCAAGGUGCAAAUAUAUAUUUUUGCUGAUGCAGAUGUACCCUAAGAAUGGUGAAGGAAAAGCAGAAGCAUAUGCAUUGUGUGACUCAUUUUCUACCCACUUCUCUGACCUUUCUACCCUCCAAGAUCUUCCUUAACAGUCCUCCAGCAUUUCAAUCUCCUCUCUACCCACCGUUUUGUCCCUAUCACAACUUUUUAACUUAGUUGACUUGAGCCCAUAACAAGUGGCACAUUUUUCAAACUUUUUCUACCCCUGUGAAAUUUUUCCCUGUCAGAAAUCUUGCAGGGAACUCUUUUUAAAUUAAUGUUUUUCAUGGGGUAAGGAUGCUGUAGAAAGAGAAUACCUGGCAUUAGCACCCCUCCCUUCCGUCUUCCCUACCUGGCAUUCAGUCCAAAGCUCUUUACAGCCUUGAUCAGCUACAGCUUUGGCAAUAAUCCGAUUUGGCUACAUGCGUGGCAUCACUGAGAGUAAAUGAUUCAGGAAGCACUGCCCUUGCUCUUCAUUAGCUUUUAGCAUUAGCAUUAAUGCAUUCACAUUGGUCACAUUAACCAAAUCUGACUAUGUGGUGAUGACACUGUUACUAGAAAGAAACUUUCCUAGAAAUGACCAUCGAUUAUUUUUCAAAUCAUUUUUCAAAUCUAUGGUGCACGAACUCCAGUUCAUCAGGACUGAGAAUAUCACUGAAUAAAUUUCUCUUAAAGUAUUUCCAAAUAAAUCCCCACUGCUCAUUUGAAAGGGUUUUUUUCUCAAAAGUGCUUGCUGGAAAGCAGUUGACUCUACCAUAGAAUUUCAUAAGGCAUUGCAGCUUGGAGAGGAGAGCUGGUCUUGUGGUAGCAAGCAUGACUUGUCCCCAUAGCUAAGCAGGGUCUGCCCUGGUUGCAUAUGAAUGGGAGACUUGAUGGGUGAGCACUGUGAGAUAUUCCCCUCAGGGAUGGAGCCACUCUGGGAAGAGCAGAAGCUUUCAAGUUCCCUCCCUGGCUUCUCCAAGAUAGGGCUGAGACAGAUUCCUGCCUGCAACCUUGGAGAAGCCGCUGCCAGUCUGUGAAGACAAUACUGAGCUAGAUAGACCAAUGGUCUGACUCAGUAUAUGGCAGUUUACUAUGUUCCUAUGGUUAAAUAAAAAUCUAACCAAAUGUGUACAAUUUCCAUUGAAAAAUUUAAUGGUAAAAUUUUGGGACUUUCUGCCCACAGCAAUCUAUUUUGUUGCUGCAGGAACUUCGAUUUUUCUUCAUGCAAAAAAGCCAUUUGUUUAAACCACUGUUAUGGGAAAUAAAGAUAUUAAAUGCAUCUUCAGAGCACAGGUGUUACUUCUGUUAGUUUCCUGUUGUUUCCAUGAAGUCUGGCUAGUGCUUAUAAAACAUUCAAGGAUGUACAGGGGGUUAUUGCUAUUUAUAUGUAAUGGUUGCUGCUUAAUGAAGAGUGAUUUUAAAAAACCUUAGUCAAGAAAAAUGUGAGCCACACAAUGAAAUGAAUGAAAGAAAAAUGAAGUUAGGAAUUUCCUUCAAAUAUUCUUAGAAAGCCGGUAGCUUAGUGCAGCAUAAAUAAAAAUAAGUUCUUGGUAACAUUGAUAACUUUCAGAUGUUAUAUGUUUUAGAGAGAUGAAAGUCACCAUAAAGUAUGAUAACUGGAAGCAAUCACUGUUGGGUUAUUGUCUUGUAUGCAGUAACUUCUUAGAGUAUCUUAUCUUAAAAUAUUGCACCCACUUGAAAUAUUCUCUAUAUUUGUAAGAGAUGUAGUGUACAGAUAUUUUAUUACUACCUUUGUGUCUAAAUGCAGAAUUAGUUGAAUAAAUGUGAAACUACCUGUGGUGAACAAAUGGAA